GUCCAUCUGGUCACGUGAUCGAGCCGAUUCGGCUAUGUUGACAGCGGUUUAUGACCAUUUUGCGGGAAAUGUUAGACCUUCAUUGAUAAGCCACACUCCCCUCCUCCCCGCACCACCACCAUGGGAUCCUGUGCCUCGACGCGAAAGCGGUCGAGUGUGGGGCCUUUGACAGCCAGCGUGGUCUUCUCACGGGAGCGAGGCUCAACCUUUCUCCCUGUAACAUCUCGCAAUGUGUGGCCGGAGACCGGAGGAUUCAGGCCGGAAGGCCGUCGGCGGAAGUUGUUUGUUACCAGGGUCAAGCAGUACAACUCGGAUGUGGUUUGGUUCGAGGUGAGCCGGUCGUCGUCGAUGUUGGGAUCGGGCGAUUCGUCGCUUGACUCUGGCGGCUCGAGCGUCUCGCGCAACUCGCGCGGCUCACGGCGACGGGCGGUUCUGAGCGAAAACGACUUGACUGUUCCCUCGACAUGGUUUGUUACCGUGCAUGUGAACAUUGACGGCGGGCGCGAGCUGAUCCGGACGGCGACGCCGAUCUCGUCCGGGCCAAACCAUAUGACCUUUCUCAUGCGGAUCUUCCCCAACACCGAGAUCGGCCGCUUCCUCAGCAAUUUGCAGGUGGCGGACGAGGUCAGCGUCUACGGCCCGCUCCCAUCGCGGGUGGCGUUCAGCGCCAAUGACGGCAUUGCGUCGCUAGUCACCUCGGCACGGGUCUCGCAGUCGGAUCUGGCGCAGAGUGAGCAGGUCAACUUGAAGUGCUCGUCAGUGGUGCUUCUCGCACAGGGCACGGGCAUCACCACCUUUGUGCAGCUCAUCGAGCGGUCGCUGAUGGCGACGUCGUCCAACGUGGUGAUCCGGCUGGUGCAUGUGGUCAAGACUGAAGCCGACUUUUUGCUCCAGCGCGAGCUGCGAAUGCUUGCAGCGCAGGUGCCCGGCCGUCUGGUUGUGGUGCGUGUUGCUGAGCGGCUGGCCAUGCCGAUGCCUCGGGUAGUGGUGGGCAAGUUUGACGAGGACAUGCUCGCGCGGGUCAUCGAGCUCCCGCUCUCGAGCAAUACGCUGGUCCUUGUCUCGGGCUCGCGGCGGUUCAACAUGGAGUGCGGUCUGUGGCUGGCACGUUCGGGCGUUGCCUCUGACCGGGUCAGCCUCAUCCCAGACUCUGAGCCGCUGAUGUCGUUUGACAACUCGGUGCCGUCGGCGGAUGCGCUCGUUGCCGCCGUUGCCGAGCAGGACUUGCCGCCGGCGCCCGCCAAGCCCAAGGAGGAUCCCAGACCAGAGUGCUCCGCAGCUCCAUCGCUUCCGAUUAUUUCCGCCUCAAUGGUUGCGGCUCGCCAGGAUUGGAUUGUUGUCGACGGCUUUGUCAUCGACAUGGCUACCUUUAAGGACCGUCACCCGGGCGGACUGGAGACUUCCGGCAAGCGCGACGCGUCGGCCAUGUUUCUCAACACAUCGUCCGAGGCGCACAGCGAGCUGCUGAAGCUCGCGGUGGGCAUUCUUGACGACGACGAUGGUGCAUCGGACAUCCUUGCCGCCACAGUGACGACGCUUGACCCGCUCAAGUCGUCAAACUCUGUUGUUGAGCGCGGCUCGGAGAGAAGCGGUUCUUCGCUCAAUUCAUCGCGGGCACUUUCGGUCGACCUUGUUGUCCGGGUCGACGCCUUUAACCCUUCGCCUGCAGAGCUGCAACUCAUCAACACCUCGCCCGCCGUCGAGCAACUGACGCCGGUCAUCCGCACCCACCAGGCGACAAACUCGUCGUCGUCCUUUUCGCUCUUUGACUCGUCGUCGGAGCAGCGAGAGUAUGCCACCACCCCCGACUCGGUCUACGUCGCCGCAGUGGCGACGACCCGCUCGUUUGGCCAUGUAUCAUCAAGCGCAGUCGACAUGCAAUCGUCGUCAACAACGGCAUCUUCUUCAUCCUCCUCGUUUUCGUCGUCGUACUCGACGUCAUCGCGCCGGGGCUCACUCCCACGGUCAGGCAGCAACGACGAUCCGUCCGCUAUGUGACUGCGCCCAGCUGAUUCGGGGAGCUUCUCUUGGCAGGCCGAGACUGUGGCUAAUGCUGCGGUUUGUAGAUUAAUACUUACUGAUGUGUC